UAUUUUCGCUUCACCGGCGGGCGGCAACCUCACCUUAGCCGUCCGCCGGACCUCAACCUAUUCCCAUAUUUUCUACACAUACCUUCCCAUAUUUUCUUCUCUUUCACUCAUCAUCACAUCAGCACCACAUCCAGAUCUGCAAACAAUAGAGGGAUCUCAGAUCCACCCAUCCAAAUUUACAACUCAAAGUCUCCUCCUCCGUAGCUUCGGCGACACCACCGCAGCACCGAGAACCUGUGAUCGUGCUCCUCCUUGGUGGCAUACGACUUUCCGAACUUGCUCUUGAAGAGGCUGAAGUGGUGGUGGUCGUAGUUCAACUGGUGGUCCUCGCCGACGACCUGCCGGAUUAUGACGUCAGCUGGUGACUUACAGACCCUUUCAGAUGUUGAUCUGAAGCUCAUUGCUUUGACGUAUACAUUGGAAGCUCAGAUCCCUGGUACUACACAUCUCAGAGACAUCCCUUCCCCUAUUCACAUGGUUACUGUGACCCGACUUCCUGAGAAUGACUUGCCUGGGUGGGGUUCCAAUGUUCCACAUUUGGAAGAGUGGGAAGCCUUGGAGCAUGAAUCUGAGGAUAAAUCAAACCCCAAUUCAAGAAUCCUCCCA